AUGUCUUUUGCACCUGCGCGCCCAUCAAAGAGGUACCGCCCACAUGUACCUCUCGAUAGACGCAAAAGGGCUGCGCAAGCAUGCAUCUCCUGCCGAGACGGAAAGAAGAAGUGCGUCAUGACUGCGGCAAAUCAGUGCCGAACCUGUACUCUCGCCGGCCGGACCUGCGUUUUUCGGCCCAUCUCCGAACCGCAGAGUAACACUCUUUCACGAGACUUGCCAAAAGGAAACAUCCCGAGUAGCCCGGGUAGCCUGGAUUGGGCGACAAUUGCCAUGAAUGUCUCCCGGGGCUUCCAUGAAAAAUUCCCUAGAGUAAACCUGGAUGACGAGCAAUUUCAAAUCAUCGCACAGCUCUCUAUGGAGGCUAUAUAUAAGAACCAGAACGAGCUCGUGACUGAGAAGGGAGGUCACGGCGGGGAGCCAUCCGCGUCUUCCCAACAAACCUCUUUGCCUAUUAUUGACAGUGAGACUCAAAAUGUUGAACCACCAGCCGCAAAAGUGAUUGAGAACCUUAUUUCGGCAUCCCAUGCCAGAUUUCUAGAGGCCAUCUCUGAUGUGAUUCCACCCAUCAAAGAUCAACCCCACGAUAAUUAUAACCAGAUAGGCAGCCUAGCCUCGGAGAAAACCGCCAUGGUGCUACACAAGGCUAUCGACCACCUUCCGUCUUUCGAGGAUGCUAAAGUUCUUAUUGAUACAUUCUUCACAUUUGUCGAAUCAAAUUGGUACUAUCUUGAUGAAGAGUGGUUCCGAGACCUUUUUACAGACGUUUAUCAGGGCAAUAUUGCUGCACCGCAGCCGCGGCAAUGCACCAUCGUCUGCCUUGUUUUCCUCGUAUUGGCUCUUGGGAGCUCAUUCAAGCAUCUUUCUGAAACGGACAAGUUGCUUGCUAUUAAUGGCGAGAUUCCAGGCAGUUUUUACUUUGCGCAGGCCAUGGAAUUGAUUCAAAAGGUAAUCGCUGCAAACACAAUCGAAAGCACGAUAUGCUGUCUAUUGACAUCAUUCUACCUCCUUGCAACUGAGGAUAUUUCUCACCAUCAUGUAUACCUGGGACUGGCCUUGAAUCUGGCAGUCGUUCAAUCAUUACAUUGCGAAGGAACACGCAACGACGAAACGCCUCGAGAGCGCGAGAUGAAAGUCCGACUGUUCUGGACUAUCUACAGCAUUGAACGUCAAACUUCUCGUAUAAUGGGGCUACCAAUGCUACUACGACUUGACGACGUCGCUGCCUCCUUGCCACAAAAGAAAUGGGACCUCGACAAAGACGAUUUACAUCGUAUAGAUCGAUUUGUCGCAUACAUUCAACUGACUAUAUUGCUAGACGAGUUCACUGUUGCUGGUCCCAUCGAACAAAGCUCUACAACAUACAAAUGGGCUUGCUCCAAGCAAGAAUCAUCGAGACUGUCGAUUCCCGCGUAUUUGGACGGAGUCCAGGAGUCAUUAUUUAGACCCCAUGCGCACCUUAACAUCUUAUAUAACUUGAAUUGGGUGGCUAUUGGCCGUGGAGCAUUAUUACGUCUCGUUCGGAGACAAAUCCGUCCUUCGACUGCUGAUACCAUGAGUCUAGGAGAUGAUGGGACGCAUCUCCGAUCUCAGGAGCUGGCGCACCGAUGUAUAGAGGCGGCUAGAACAACCACUGAUUGGAUCGUUCAGUUGCAGAGCCGUAACCUUCUGGCCAAGUUCUCUUUUAUGGACUUGCAUGCAUGCAGCUCAGCUGUCAUUAUUCUGCUUUUGAACGUUUUGCUUCACCCGGAUAAUCAUCAGCUAUUGGCUAUCAGCCACGGCAUAGACGCCCUACGUUUUAUGGCCGGGGGCAGCAUGUUGGCAACGAAGGCACUGCGACUCGCUGAACGCCUACAGCAAGGAGUCUAUCAAGCUACUGGGCUGGCAUACGAAGAGAUUAUUCCUAGCCGACCACCUUUGUUGACACCGACCAUUGAUCAACACUUUCCACAUGAGAGUACUCUCGGAGCUGAGAGAAACGCUCUCUCCACUGCAGCUCUAGAUGAUGGUAUGGAUAAUCACGUCGCCCCGAAUGCUACUCCACUUGACUUGGACAUAUUUACCGAUUUAGAAACAUUUUUCCUCGAUUGCUCUGAACAAAAUCGCCACUUGUUCGGAUUUGACGGCUUUGAAUCCGCAUUUGCCUCAGAGGGUGUCUAA